AUGUUUCGAGCGGCGGCGGUCGGUCCUUUCGAUGAUGCAGUCGCCAAGGCGACGGACGAGAACCUCACCUCCGAGGACUGGGGCGCCAUCAUGGAGGUAUGCGACAAGGCUACCAGCGACCCAACUGGCCCCAAAGAAGCUGUCCAAAGCAUGAUCAAGCGCCUUGCGCAUCGUAAUGCGAAUGUCCAAUUAUAUACACUCGAGCUUGCACACGCUCUCUGCCAAAACUGCGGAAAGCCCAUGCACCGCGAAGUGUCCAGCCGUGCCUUCUCCGACGCCCUACUCAAGCUUGCCAACGACCGUAACACCCACCAACAAGUCAAGAGCAAGAUUCUGGAAAAAAUGAAGGAUUGGAGUGACAUGUUUAGCAAGGAUGCCGAUUUAGGCAUUAUGUACGACGCUUACUACCGACUGAAGCAAACCAACCCCACGCUGCAAGCCCCGAGCGCGCCGCAGAAGCAAGGUCUCACCGCGUCAGACAGGCAAAAGGAAGACGAAGAACUCCAGAUGGCACUCAAGCUGAGCUUACAAGAAGACGACCGCAAGAAGGCUGCCACAUCCUCCAGCUCUGCGCAGCCUGGCUCCUCUAGCAAAGAAGAGGCUGCUCCAGCUCCACCAGUGCCUGCCGGCACCACGGCAGCCACGGUCAGCAGAGUGCGCGCCUUGUUCGACUUUGCACCCUCUGAACCCGGCGAACUCGAGUUCAAGAAAGGCGAUGUCAUUGCUGUUCUCGAGAGUGUAUACAAGGACUGGUGGCGCGGUUCACUCAAGGGCAAUACCGGCAUUUUUCCGCUCAACUAUGUCGAGAAGCUCACGGAUCCGACACCAGAUGAGCUGCAGAGAGAAGCGCAGAUGGAAGCCGAGGUCUUUGCAGAAAUAAAAAACGUAGAGAAGCUCUUGACCCUGCUAAGUGCCUCCAAUACGGGUCCUCGAGAGGAGGACAACGAGGAGAUUUCAAAGCUCUAUCAUCAAACAUUGGCAAUUCGACCAAAGCUCAUCAAGCUGAUCGAAAAGUACUCUCAGAAGAAAGAUGACUUCACACAACUCAACGAGAAGUUUAUCAAGGCACGCCGAGAUUACGAGUCUCUUCUUGAGUCCUCCAUGGCACACCCCCCUCAACAUAAUUACCAGCAAUAUGCAAUGCGACCCGGCCAAGGCUACCCUCAGCCUGUAGGCUAUCCCAGCCAGCCUCCCCCGUCUCAGGAGCCCAACCAAUACUAUAACCCUGCGCCUCCAGCAGGGCCCGGUUCGGGCUACCAAGCAUCUUCUCCUCCUCCCAAUUUUCCGCCCGGCGGCCAACCUGGCAAUGCUCCGUUUUACGUAGGCGGAGCCGAGGUGCCAUCUCAGAUCGGAACCCAACCGCCCGCUUCCCAGCAAUACCCCCCUCGCGACUCCACGCCGCAUGUUCCUUCAUCCUCGCAGCCGUCCGUGCCUGGUAACAGCGCAUCGCCUCCGCCUCAGGGCCAAAGCUAUACACCUUACUCGCCUCAGCCUCAGCAGCUGUACCACCCGCCCUCCCAGCAGGCGCAGCGGCCCCAGAGCACAUACGGAGCCCAGGAGCUGGCCACUUCGGUCUACGACUCUCCCAUUGCGCCGCACAAUCCCAACAGCUUCUACGCCCAGGAUGAAGCAGCUUCUGCCAGCGCGCCGGCGCCCUCGCACCAGCAGCAGACUCCCUCGCAGCCGCACUACCAGAGCUACUCACCGCCUGAGCAGGCCCCUCCUCCGGUGCCGACCGGCCAGCCCCCGCAGGUCCCUGGUGGCGGCGCCCCUGGUGGCGGCGUGCCUCAGUAUAAGCCAUAUGUCCCACCCGGAGCCUCUGCCUCCGACGGCCCCAGUGCGCCUAGCCCGAACGACUACUACCGCCAGCCUGGCGGCUACUAA